AAUGUGGACAUAGAGAAGCCCACCUUCCCCAACCCUAUGUGGUAGGAUCUAGUGGCUCAGUUGAUGGCCAAUGGCCCUGGACAGCAGCUGUCUUUUCUGGAACUUACUUUAGGUGUGGUGCUAGUCUAGUAUCUGACCACUGGGUGGUAACUGCUGGACAUUGUAUAUACAAGUGAGUGCAUGUGUUUAUAUUUGAUGACUUAGUCUAUCUAAUAAUAUAUAGAUUAACAAUGUAUUCUUAUUGUUCCUUAGAUUGGCCUAAAGAAACUUUAAAAAAAUUCAGUUCAAAAUAUUAUAAAGAAAGAAUUAAUAUUGUACUGGUAAAAAAAAAAGAAGUGAUUAUGCAAUUUUAAAUAUUAAUUUUAAAUUUAAACAUAAACACUUAAAUCAAAAUUGGAAAAAAAAUCACAUUUUUGCAGACAGAUAAAUUGCAAUGACAAAUUGUACAGACAAACUUUUUUAUAAACUACAAAAAUAAAAUACAUUAGCAUGCUGGACUCUCCUCAAACAACAACCAUUCUUGUGGGCCAUGUCAACAUCAACUCACCUGAUGCUGUCAUGGUACGUGUGACUGAGAUUGUUAUUCACCCUGAGAACAACUACAUCUACAACAAUGACAUUGCCCUCCUGAGACUGGAGGAGCCUGUUACAUUAAAUGACAAGCAACGUCCCAUCUGUCUCAGUGAUGCUCCUAAAGAAAGGAGUCCAAGCCUCCCGUGUUAUGUUUCUGGCUGGGGUGUUGUCAAUGUAACAGGUGGGUUAGGCUCAUGAACUUAUACAUAAAGUUUUUGUGUGACCAUUUUGAACAUAAGAAUUAGAGGAAAGUAUGAAAGAUUGUUUCGUAUAUUUUGCGGAUUCAUAUUAUUAGUUUUAAAUGGAUAAUAGAAAAAUGACUUCACAUUUACAUGUAUAAUCCCUUAAUUUUGUCCCUAAUAAUCCUUGUUUAUUAACAUUCUAGAGUCUAUAUAGUUAUAUAUGUCUUAGCAGCUUUACCAUGAGAGAAGAUCAAAAGUCUUGCAAAAAGCCUGCAGUGCAGAAAUUAUACUGUGGCAACCCCUGCAUAAUUAGAGUAUAACUUUUAAUGUAAAAUUAAGUAAAGGAUGCACUAAAAUUAAAUAGUAAAUUAUGUGUUUCUUAAAGUAUUCAAGUUUCCAAACUGACAAUAGGUUAAAAUUGAUUGCUAUGGGAUUUAUUUUUUAAUGAAUUUGCUUCAUAAAGCUUAUCUUUUAGCACACAUGAGACCAUAAAAUCUAUUAAAUAUUGUCUGUAGGGUAUUAAUUAAAUUAUUUAAAACGAUUUAAGUACAUUUUAAAAUAAUUUCUCUGGUCAACAGGCAUAGCCACUAUUGAGCUAAGCACAAUACUUCAUCACACAAAGCUCAAAAUUUGGGAACAGUCCAAGUGUGAAAGGUCUUACCCUGGUCAGAUCAAACCAACCAUGUUAUGUGCUGGAUAUUACAGUGGGGAGAUGGAUGCUUGUAAAGUAAGUGUUAAGAUUUGUUAAGUCUUACAAAUUUUAAUGAUUGUCAACCUGUGGAUUCUUACAGAUUUUGAUUUUUAAGAAUGUGUUUGUCAACUGAAAUUUUUCAGAAUGUAAUCCUUAAAAUAAAAUUAUCAGUUACAAUUUCAUGUGGUAACUUACUAAAUGGAUAACAACAAAACUAUACUAACAGUACGUAUAUUUACAAAUUACACAUAAUGUUUAAACAAGGCAUUGAGGUUGUGAAGAAAACAGUUUCAUACUUCUGUUGUUUUCACCCUCUUUAAAUGUAGAAAGCAGAAAUUUGUAUAGCAGUUAUCUUAAUGACAUGUGCCUCUUUCAGGGAGACAGUGGAGGACCACUUAUGUGCCAGACGCAGCCUGACCAAUGGGAACUUGUUGGUAUUGUUAGUUGGGGGGAAGGUUGUGGCCAGAUUGGGAAGCCAGGUGUAUACACAAGAGUGGAUUACUAUCUUCAGUGGAUUCAAAGUGUUACUAGUUAUGCAAGUAAAUAAACAAACUCAUUGGAAUUUUUUUUAAUAAAUAUUUUUGGUAAUAUCAAUUAUCUAAACUUAGCAUGUUAAUCCUUACAAAAAAAAAUUAAAUACUUCAAUUUGCUCAUCCAUAACCAUUUAAAAAUGUCAUCACUGAAAAUAUUCAUGAUGAAAAUAAUGUAACACAAUAUCUAACUAGUAAGACAUGAUAAAAAAAUACUGCAAUUUCUACUAUUUUUGAAACAGAAAAUAUUGAUUGAUAGAUUGAAAUUGAAGUCAUCAAAUUUUCAAACCUGCAGAAUGAAAUGAUAAAUGUAUACCUUGCAGACAAAGAAGGUGUCACCUGUGAUUUUGAGCAUCCAGAUUUAUGUGGUUACACAAGUAAGUCUCAGAGUGAGUUUGCCUGGAGUCGGAGAUCUGGGGGAGUCCAUUAUCCAAUAAUGCCAGACAUGGACAACACAUUGAAAAAUGCAUCAGGUGAGAUAUUUUUUUUAAUGAGCCAUGAGCAUUAUGGAAUAAUUAAUGAAUUUAAAAAACACUUUAAGUUUUAUUAGUUUAUGGAAAGCUGGUGAAGUUUACUAAGUAAUCGAAAAUAUAUAAAGAUGUUAUAUAUCCAAGUUAUAAGUAAAAAGAAAUAUCUUGUCAUUAAGCUAAAUAAUUCCCAUAUUUUCUCAGUAACACUAGUUAGAGUUGCUCAUAAAUUUGAAAUGAAAAGUAAGUUACAUGAAAAUAUUGCCAUCUUCCAAUUCUAAUCUUCCUGGAGAUGUAUUUAUUCUUAAGUGUUUCCUAACAUAGUCAUGGUUUAAAUUAAGAUAAAAAAUAAAUAAAUGCAUAAAUAAGUUUUAAUAUUUUAUAACAAAUAGGUCACUAUGUAUACACAUAUUUCCCAUAUGGAGCCAGCCAGAAGAGUGCUGUUCUCAGCUCUCCCCCUCUGCCAGCUAAGGAGGACACAUCCUGUUUGUAUGCAAGCACAAUCAUAUACCAAUGUGAGCUUUGCAAACUUGAGGUGAAAGUGGUUGACAGCUUGGGCAACUUGUCAGGUGCCUUGCUGAAAGUAUCUUCCAAGUUUUCAACAUCAUGGUUAAGGUUAGGGAGCUUUUAUGUUUUGUUUUUUUUAAAUUAGGUGACUUAUGUCAUUUAAAUUAUUUCUGAAUGCUUUGAUUGAAAUGAAAUGAUCACAUAUUUAUAUUUUUGUUGACUUACGUAUAAAAUGAAAAAUAUGAAAGUGAUUUUAAAAAUUGGUUGUUUCCAAAGAGAAAUAGGUUAUUUUUCGACAUUAAGGUGAUGGUUCGAGAGUUUUUAUUUUUUUUAAAAUUAUGUGACAUGUUAUGUCAUUUUAAUUAUUUCUGAAUGCUUUGAUUUAAAUGAAAUAGUGACAUAUUUAUAUUGUUGUUCAAAUAUGCAUUAAAUAACAUAUAUGAAAGUAAUUGUCUGAAAUGUUUGUUUCUAGAGACUUGGGUUAUAUUUUAUCAUAUACUUUGGCUAACCUUUGAAAUUCUUCAAAAUACUACCCUUUAAUUCAGAUUUAAUGUGGACAUUCCCAUGUCAACACAACAUAUACAGUUUAUAUCUACAUCUGGCCAAUGGUCAGGGGGAGGAAUAGGACUAGACGAUGUCACACUUGAGCCUGGUGUUUGUGAAAGUAUAUUGUCUUUUUUCACAUUUAUAACAAUUAAAUUCUUGAAUAUUGUUGUAUGUUUGGUUUUGGUUUUUCCAUUUUUUAAAAGCCACCAUUGGUACCAUUUUUUUGUAUCUCAAUUCUCAUUUGUUAACUUCAAAACAAAGAAGUUGACAAAUUAUUAGAAACAAUAUUUUUCGGCACCAUAAAUUUUUAAAACUUCAUUUAAAGAUUGACUUAUUCAUCCAACAGUCUAUAUCAUUUGCAUAUGUUACUGUGAAUAGGCUCACAAAGCAGAAACCAUGGAAAGUAUAACACACUUAUGCCCACCCACACAAGUAUUAAGGCCAGUUUUCUUGACUUUUACCCAAGCACUUCAUGGGAUUAAAGUCAAUAUAAUUUCCAACCUUAAGCAAACACAUGACAAAAAAUGUUUCUCUUUUAAUUAAAAUUGGAGGUUGCCUCUAGUGUGCUACUGGUUGGGAUGAAAUGGCUUCCUUGGAAAAACUCCAAUAAUGUAAAUAGUUCACUAUAUAAUUUAAAUUUAGAAAAUUUUCCAGAAACAUAUUGUUGUGGCUGAUGUUGUAAUAUUCAAUCAAUUUAAAAGAAAGUUUUAUCCCUCUUAGAUACAAUGAAAGUCAAUUGCAACUUUGACAAUAGGACAAAAUCAACGCCUCAAUUUAAUGAUGAAAUCUGUAGUUACACCCAAGAAUCAUUUACUGAUGACUUUGAUUGGCUCAUGGUUCAAGAUAAAGAAAAUGGUGGUAAGUUUCCAGCAAAACUAAAAAUAUCCCAUUUAGAACUGAAAGCAAACAUUUUAUUAUUUUAGUUUUAAUUGAGAAAAUGCAUAAAGCAAUUUCAGUGUUACCAUUAUCUUUUACGUUUGAACAAUUUUGAAAAUAAAAGAAAUAGCCCUCUCAUACUAAAUGUUGAGACACUGGUGUCUAACAUUAUUUUAGACGACAGUUUGCUUUGAUCUCUUUAUUGUUAUUAUUAUCAGUCAAAUUGAUAAGAGAAAUGGCACCCUUAGUACAUUCUCCUAGAUUUCCAGAUUAAUUUUAACUUAAUAUAAAGACAAGGAUAGCUUCAUUGACACAACUUUACUGUAUAUGUUCAUUGACACAAAUGAACAGUAUAAGUUCACUGACACAACUGUACCAUAAAGUUUCAUGGACAAAACUGUACCCUUUAGGUUCAUUGAUGCAACUGUGAGUAUAGGUUCAUUGACACAACUGCACUGUAUAGGUUCAUUGACACAACUGUAACUCAACAGUAUGAUAUUCUUAGACAUCAUCUUGUUUCCCAGAUGGUUUCCUCAGGGCCCAGAAUGCCUUUGGCUACCAAGGUUACAGGGCCAGGAUAUUGUCACCAAGGCUCAAGUCCUACAUCUCAAUGUGUGUGAGCUUCGAAUUCCGUGCGAGUUCAAGAAGUGCAGGAUUCCUUCAAGUAUGCAGGCUGCUCUCAGUCAAUGGCAAUGACAGUCUUGACUGUUCAUUCUGGUCUUCAAGACUGAAUGCUUUCACAGAUCCCACCUCUUGGACUUCGGUUCAUGUCACCCUCCCAUCAUCUGAUUUUGAGUUCAGCAUUGUUUUUGAAAUGGUGCAAGGCCAGGGUCAAGGUUAUAUUGACAUUGAUGACAUCUUUAAACUUGAUGGUGACUGCUUAUAGAAAUUGUUUUUAAUUACAGCUGAGUUUUUUUCCAAAUUCUAUGAUUCAAUUCACAAUUAGCCACUUCUGGUUAUUUCUGGUUAUUGUUAACUUAUUUAUCAAUUUUCAAACCUCCAGAUUGUGCAAGGUAAAACCUCAGAUUUCAUUUACCCUAAUAAUGCAUUUAAUCCCUAAAUGUAAUAUUGUUAAUUUUGGAUGUAUUAAUUCAGAGAAUUUAAAACAAUGAAGACUGAAUUAAUAUGAGUUUUACCAAAAAUAUUCACUUCAAAAUAUCUCC